AUGGAUUCCACUAAGGCGUUCCUGCUCCUUGCUCUUCUAAUCUGUUUCAUAGCAAGAAUCAAAGCACAGGAACCACAGGUGGAUUGUUCAGGCCUUACUUACGCCCCAAACAGCACAUAUCACUCAAAUCUCAAUCGCUUGCUUUCAACGCUUUCCUCAAACGCCAAUAGCAUUGGUGGCUUUUACAACACCACCGUCGGAAAAAACGACGACGCCGUCUACGGCCUCUACCUCUGCCGGGGAGACACCACCGUCUCCGCCUGUCAAGCAUGUGUUUCCCGGGCAACCAAAGAUAUCAGGCAAUGCCUCAAUUCUACCCAAGCCGUGGGUUGGUACGACAAGUGCAUGUUACGAUACUCCGACGCCGAUUUCUUCUCCAUAGAGCAAGAUGACCCCACUCUCGUCCUCCACAACAGCGGCAACGCAUCAGACCCCAAAAGCUUUAUGCAACUGUGCACACCGGAUAUAUCUAGAGAUGACUGUUAUAACUGUUUGAGAAGAACAAUCGGAGAGUAUCCGAAUUGCUGUUUUGGGAGGCUAGGGGCAAUCGCACGCGCCUUCAGUUGCAACGUAAGGUAUGAAUUGUACCCCUUUUAUGGAGUGAUUUCGUCGCUUCCUUCCCCUCGUGUGCCAGAGUCAGCCUUCACUUCCAAUGGUGAGACUUCAAGUGUAGAGUCUCUACAUUUUGAUUUGGAUACCAUCAAAUCAGCCACAAACGACCUCUCCCCCGACAAUAAACUAGGCCAAGGUGGGUAUGGCGAGGUGUACAAGGGCAUUUUACCUGGUGGACAGGAGUUAGCUGUGAAGAGAUUAUCAAGUAGUUCCAAACAAGGUGUACUAGAAUUUAAGAAUGAAGUAGUUACAAUGGCAAAACUACACCAUAGAAAUCUUGUAACGUUUCUUGGAUUUUGUUUGGAUGAAGAAGAAAAGAUACUCAUAUAUGAAUUUUUGCCCAACAAAAGCUUGGAUAAUUUUUUGUUUGGACUGGAAAACAAAACUAAAUUGAAUUGGUCAAAUCGAUACAAGAUUAUUGAAGGCAUUGCAAGGGGAAUACUUUAUCUUCAUGAAGAUUCUCAAUUGAAAAUCAUACAUCAUGAUCUCAAAUCUAGCAAUAUAUUGUUGGAUGAAGGUCUAAAUCCAAAAAUAUCUGAUUUUGGUAUGGCUAGAAUUUUUGGAACUGAUCAAACUCAAGCCAGCACUAGUAAAGUUGUUGGCACAUUUGGCUAUAUCGCUCCUGAAUAUGCAAUGCAUGGUCAUAUUUCAGUGAAAUCUGAUAUAUACAGUUUUGGUGUCCUAAUCCUGGAGAUCAUCAGUGGCAAGAAGAAUACAUCUUUCCAUGCAACAAAUUAUGCUGAAAACUUGCCAACCUAUGCCUGGAAACUCUGGAGGGAAGGGACACCAUUAGAAUUGCUGGAUCCUAGUGUAAGACAAUCUUGUUCAAGCAAUGAAGUUAUUAAAUGCAUCCAUAUAAGCUUUUUGUGUAUCCAAGAAAAUCCAGCUCUAAGACCUGAUACACAAUUUAUUAUGGUGAUGCUAAAUAGUCAUUCCGUCACCCUGCCAGAUCCUCAGGAGCCAGCAUUUUUGUUUGAUCGCCGCCAUAGAACAGAUUCAAACAACAGUCUAGCAAUUUCCGAGGAUAGCUCGGAUCAAUCUAAAAAUAAGUCUAUGCAACCAUCUGUGGAUGAAGAUCCAAUUUCUGACAUGCAUCCUCUAUUAUGUCCCAAGCGUGAAACCGCACAUUUCAUCACCAGAAAAUUGAUGAUUCACUUCAUGGAUUCUCUUAAGGCCUUCCUGCUCCUUGCUCUUCUAGUCUUCUUCUUCAUUGCUAGAAUGAAAGCACAGACGCCACAGGUGGAUUGUUCAGGCCCUACUUAUGCCCCUAACAGCACAUAUCACUCAAAUCUCAAUCGCUUACUCUCAAAUCUUUCCUCAAACGCCAGUCGUAGCGAUGGCUUUUACAACACCACCGUCGGACAAAAUGGCGACGCUGUCUACGGCCUCUACCUCUGCCGCGGAGACACCGCCGUCUCCGCCUGUCAAGCAUGUGUUUCCCAGGCAACCAAAGAUAUCAGGCAAUGCCUCAAUUAUACACGAGCCGUGGGUUGGUACGAAAAGUGCACGUUACGAUACUCCGACGCCGAUUUCUUCUCCAUAGAGCAAGAUGACCCCACUCGCGUCCUCUACAACAACGGCAAUGCAGCAGACCCCAAAAGCUUCAUGCAACUGGUGAUUGAUACCAUGAAUGUGGUGGCGAAAGAAGCGGCGUACGGCGGCAGCGGGAGCAAGAAAUAUGCGACGAGAGAACAAAACUACAGUUCUUUUCAAACUCUGUAUACUAUGGCGCAGUGCACGCCGGAUAUAUCUAGAGAUGACUGUUAUAACUGUUUGAGAAGAACAAUCGGAGAGUAUCCGAAUUGCUGUUUUGGGAGGUUAGGGGCCAUAGCUCGCGCCUACAGUUGCAACGUAAGGUAUGAAUUGUACCCCUUUUAUGGAGUGACUUCGUCGCUUCCUUCCCCUCGUGUGCCAGAGUCAGCCUUCGCUUCCAAUGAUAAAAGCAAGAUUUCGGCAGUGGCAAUUAUUGCCAUAGUGGUUCAGUCGGCGAUAUUCAUAUUGCAAGUCUCGCUCUGCUUCUUGUGCCUUAGAUGGUGGAGAGCCAGGAAGAAUGCUUCACUUCCUAAAACUGCUGAGAUUUCAGAGUCACUACAUUUUGAUUUGGAUAGCAUCAAAACAGCAACAAACGACUUCUGCCCCGACAAUAAACUUGGUCAAGGAGGAUAUGGGGAGGUGUACAAGGGCAUUUUACCAGGUGGACAAGAGUUAGCUGUGAAGAGAUUAUCAAAUAGUUCCAAACAAGGUGUACUAGAAUUUAAGAAUGAAGUAGUUACCAUGGCAAAGCUUCAACAUAGAAAUCUCGUCAGGUUUCUCGGAUUUUGUUUAGAAGAGGAAGAAAAGAUACUCGUUUAUGAAUAUUUGUCCAACAAAAGCUUGGAUAAUUUUUUGUUUGAGGCAGAAAACAAAGGUAAAUUGAAUUGGUCAAAUCGAUACAAUAUUAUUGAAGGGAUUGCGAGGGGGAUAAGUUAUCUUCAUGAAGAUUCUCAACUCAAAAUUAUACACCGCGAUCUCAAAUCUAGUAAUGUAUUGUUGGAUGAAGAUUUGAAUCCAAAAAUAUCUGAUUUUGGAAUGGCUAGAAUUUUCCAAGCUGAUCAAACCCAUGCCGACACAAGUAAAGUUGUUGGUACAUUCGGUUACAUUGCUCCUGAAUAUGCAAUGCAUGGUCAUAUUUCAGUCAAAUCUGAUAUAUAUAGUUUUGGCAUCCUAAUCCUGGAGAUCAUCAGCGGCAAGAAGAAUACAUCUUUCUAUGCGUCAAAUUAUGCUGAAAACCUCGCAACCUAUGCCUGGAAACUCUGGAGGGAAGGAGCACCAUUGGAAUUGCUGGAUCCUAGUCUAAGAAAUUCAUGUCCAGGAAAUGAAGUUAUUAAAUGCAUUCAUAUAAGCUUGUUGUGUAUCCAGGAAAAUCCAGCUCUGAGACCAACGAUACAAUUUAUUAUGGUGAUGCUAGGUAGUCACUCCGUCACCCUGCCAGAUCCUCAGCAGCCAGCUUUUUUGUUUAAUUGCCAUAGAACAGAUUCAAACAAUCAGGCAAGCUUUGAGAACAGCUCGGAUCAAUCUACAGGCAGGUCUAUGCAAAGAUCUGUGGAUGAAGAUCCAAUUUCUGACAUACAUGUCACGUCGUCUUCAGGUCCCUGUCAUAUCCUCAAUUUGCUGACACUUUGCAUGUGGGGUAUAUUUACUGUUUGUGAUAUUUUUGAAAGUUUUGGAAUUUGAGUUUCAAUUCCCUA